AUGUCUAAUCAAUAUCCUACAAAUGCAAAUUCUGUACGUCUAACACCUUCACGUCGAAAAUGGUUUAUUGAUUUACAAAUUCGUAAAAAUGAACGUUUACCUGUUACAACUAAUGAAAAUAGUUUAACAACAACAACAGUAACAACAACAACACAACUAAAUAAUAAUAAUAAUAAUAAUCUUUUAUUAUCACCUAUUGGCUAUAAUGAACAACGAGUGUCAGAUGUAAUAACACAAGAUGAUGAUGAACAUUUAUUAGCAAGACGUUCAUGGGAUAUAGCAUUACAGCCAAUAAAACAAUUACCUAUGAAUAUUGUUUUAGCAUGGAUGGCUGGAAAUUCUUUUUCACUAAUGUCAAUUAUGAUCGUAGUCAUGUUAUUUAUGAAGCCAAUACAAGCCAUAUUUUCACUUAGUUCAGCAUUUGCAUCAUUAGAACAAGAAGGUUUAGUCGGAAAUAUAUGGUUACAUAAAAUAAUGUAUUUUUUGGGUAAUCUUACACAUUUAGCAUUAGCUUUGUAUAAAUGUCAAUCGAUGGGUUUAUUACCUACAUAUAAUUCCGAUUGGAUUGCAUUUGCCGACCAACAAACACAAAUGGAAACAUCUCUUGGAGGAAUGAUUUAUUCUUAA